GCUUCCGCAGGAAGAAGGAAGCGGCGCCGCCAUCGCCUCCCGGCGCUCCCUCCCCGACUCCUAAGUCCUUUGGCCGCCACCAUGUCCGCCUCGGCUGUCUUCAUUCUGGACGUUAAGGGCAAGGUGAGGCUGGGCAUGAGGAGUUGGGAGACGGACAGCCAUUGAUCAGCCGCAACUACAAGGGCGAUGUGGCCAUGAGCAAGAUUGAGCACUUCAUGCCUUUGCUGGUACAGCGGGAGGAGGAAGGCGCCCUGGCCCCGCUGCUGAGCCACGGCCAGGUCCACUUCCUAUGGAUCAAACACAGCAACCUCUACUUGGUGGCCACCACAUCGAAGAAUGCCAAUGCCUCCCUGGUGUACUCCUUCCUGUAUAAGACAAUAGAGGUAUUCUGCGAAUACUUCAAGGAGCUGGAGGAGGAGAGCAUCCGGGACAACUUUGUCAUCGUCUACGAGUUGCUGGACGAGCUCAUGGACUUUGGCUUCCCGCAGACCACCGACAGCAAGAUCCUGCAGGAGUACAUCACUCAGCAGAGCAACAAGCUGGAGACGGGCAAGUCACGGGUGCCACCCACUGUCACCAACGCUGUGUCCUGGCGCUCCGAGGGUAUCAAGUAUAAGAAGAACGAGGUCUUCAUUGAUGUCAUAGAGUCUGUCAACCUGCUGGUCAAUGCCAACGGCAGCGUCCUUCUGAGCGAAAUCGUCGGUACCAUCAAGCUCAAGGUGUUUCUGUCAGGAAUGCCAGAGCUGCGGCUGGGCCUCAAUGACCGCGUGCUCUUCGAGCUCACUGGCCGCAGCAAGAACAAAUCAGUAGAGCUGGAGGAUGUAAAAUUCCACCAGUGCGUGCGGCUCUCUCGCUUUGACAACGACCGCACCAUCUCCUUCAUCCCGCCUGAUGGUGACUUUGAGCUCAUGUCGUACCGCCUCAGCACCCAGGUCAAGCCACUGAUCUGGAUUGAGUCUGUCAUUGAGAAGUUCUCCCACAGCCGCGUGGAGAUCAUGGUCAAGGCCAAGGGGCAGUUUAAGAAACAGUCAGUGGCCAACGGUGUGGAGAUAUCUGUGCCUGUACCCAGCGAUGCCGACUCCCCCAGAUUCAAGACCAGUGUAGGCAGCGCCAAGUAUGUGCCGGAGAAAAACGUCGUGAUUUGGAGUAUUAAGUCUUUCCCGGGGGGCAAGGAGUACUUGAUGCGAGCCCACUUUGGCCUCCCCAGUGUGGAAAAGGAAGAGGUGGAGGGCCGGCCCCCCAUCGGGGUCAAGUUUGAGAUCCCCUACUUCACCGUCUCUGGGAUCCAGGUCCGAUACAUGAAGAUCAUUGAGAAAAGUGGUUACCAGGCCCUGCCCUGGGUUCGCUACAUCACCCAGAGUGGCGAUUACCAACUUCGUACCAGCUAGAAGGGAGAAGAGAUGGGGGCUUGAACACGGGGCUUCCUUACAGCCCCGGAUGCAGAUUUUAGAGGGAGGGCAGGUGCGGGCUGUGUGUGUCUGUGUGAGCGCAGGUCCUGGACUUGGCAGUUUCUUGCUCCCAGCACCCGCCCCUUCCUCACCUCUUCCUUAUUCCAUAGGCUGGGAGAGAAACUCUCUCUGCUUCCCUCGCCCUUGGAGCUUUCCCCAUCCCCCUGAUUUUAUAUGAAGAAAUAGAAGAGGGGCUUGAAGUCCCUCUCGCGAGUGCCUUCUUGCAAUUACCUGCCUUAGCGGGUGUUGCGGGUCCCUCCUUCACAGCCGCUGAGCUCAGAGGUCCCGCUGGCCCCUCCUCUGAAUUUUAGGAUGUCAUUAAAAAGAUGAAUCUA